AUGAGUUCUAGAGCUUUAAGGAAGUUACAAGAUGAUGACGCCUUGCUAGAGACGCUACUUUCAAAUGCAUGCGCGAGUAAAACGUCAAGUGGUAAAGGUACUGCCAGUAACAGUCAGAAGCAUCAAAACAUGUUCUCUUUGAUGAACAAUGCAAAUAAUUUAGAUACUGCUAGUGAUGAAGAGCAAUUAUCUGAGCACGAUGAAGAGACAGCCAUUGUUGAAGAGCAUGGUAGUCGAAAGAGCGCCCAACCCGAAAAAAUUACCCUAGCGUCGAAGUCUUCUAGAAGAAAGAAGAAUAAGAGGACGAAGAGGAAGCAAGCAAAUCUCCCUACCGAAGCUGACAGGGAAGAAGAUUCUGAUGAUGAGGAAUUUGACAAAAUCAUUCAACAUUUCAAGAAGACUGAUAUCUUGAAAUACGGUAAGACCAAGAAAAACGAUGAUGCAAAUGAAGAGGGAUUUUUCACGGCCUCUGAAUCUGAAGAAGUAUUCACUGUACCUUGGAAGUCCUUCUUAAGCUUAGAAAAUGAUCCGGGAUUCACCAAGUUCCCCAUUUCAAGUUUAAAGCAUUCCUGCAAGUUUUUUCAAAACGAUUUCAAGAAAUUAGACCCUCACACAGAAUUCAAACUGCUAUUUGAUGAUAUCUCCCCAGAAUCACUCGAAGAUAUCGAUUCUAUGACAUCGACACCAGUAUCUCCUCAGCAGUUAAAACAGAUUCAGAGACUGAAAAGAUUGAUUAGGAACUGGGGCGGAAAAGAUCACAAAUUGGUGCCCAAUGGUCCCGGUAUGCAUCCGCAUCAUUUAAAAUUCACCAAGGUAAGAGAUGAUUGGAUUCCAACUCAGAGGGGUGAGUUAUCUAUGAAGCUUUUGAAUUCUGAUGAUCUUUUAGACUGGCAAUUAUGGGAGAGACCGCUAGACUGGAAAGAUGUCAUCCAAAACGACAUAGGCCAAUGGCAAAAAUUCAUCACGUUUUAUAAAUUCGAGCCCUUGAACUCGGAAUUGAGUAAAAAAUCAAUGAUGGACUUCUAUUUGAGUGUUAUUGUUCAUCCUGAUCAUGAAGCUCUCAUAAACUUGAUCUCUUCUAAAUUUCCAUACCAUGUAUGUGGACUGUUACAAGUUGCUUUAAUAUUAAUAAGGCAAGGCGAUAAGUCGAGCACUAACGGGCUAUUACAAAGAGCACUUUUUGUCUUUGAUAGGGCUUUGAAAGGGAAUAUCAUCUUCGAUUCCUUAACUUGCCAGUUGCCUUAUAUUUACUUUUUCAACAGACAGUUCUACUUGUCCAUAUUUAGAUUCAUCCAAUCCCUUGCUCAAAGAGGUGUUAUUGGUACCGCCAGUGAAUGGACGAAAGUCCUCUGGUCGCUAAGUCCAUUAGAAGAUCCUUUAGGAUGCAGGUAUUUUCUCGAUCAUUACUUCCUGCUGAACAAUGACUAUCAAUAUAUGAUCGAACUAUCCGAAUCUCCAUUAAUGAAUUGUUACAAAGAGUGGAACACAUUAGGAUUUUCGAUUGGUGUAGUUUUAAGUUACUUGAGAAUAAACGAGAUGGAAUCUGCCCGUAAUGCGCUUUUAAAGACUUUUAAGCACCAUCCUUUGCAACUGUCAGAAAUUUUCAAGAAAAAAUUUUUGGGCGAGCCUACGUUAACUGAAAAUUUAACUAUUGAUGGUCAUUUGGCAGAAAUUUUAGAGUUGAAGGCAUACAUGGCUCGUUUCCCGUUACUGUGGACUAAGAACGAGGAGAUAGCAUUUUUGCGUCACGAAAUAUCGAAUAUUUUAAAGGAUUACCAAAGUGGAAGCAUCACGAUUGAUUUGGCCAAUGAACAGAAUGAUGAUGGUACCAAUGGGUCCAAGUCGCCUUUUUUCAUUGAAAGCAUCCCAAUCAACUUGUUAAGAUUCGCGAUACUAUCAGAAGAAUCCUCGGUGAUGGCCGCAAUUCCUUCGACCAUCUGGUCAGAUUAUGAGGUCUAUGAAUUUGAUGUAUUACCUCCAGUACCUACUUCAAAGGAAUCUAUUGAUGUAGUUGAGAGCAUCAAAAGCUUCAUCAACGAGAAGGAUUUAGCUACCCUUCAAAUGGAAAGAUUACAAGAUGAAGACUUAUUGAAUCAAAUUAGACAGAUUUCUCUGCAACAAUACAUCAAUGAAAAUGAGGAACCAAACGGGACCGCGAACUGA